AUGGCGUUUCAAUGGCCAGAGCCCUUAUUCGAGGGUGGCGAGUUCAAAGAUGUUUUUCAAUUUGCUGAAACGUUUGAAUUGUACUGCGCAAAGGUUUAUGAACACGCUGCGAACCAUCCAGACGAGGCCGCUUCGGCGACCUACGUGAUGGAUUUCGUGUCACAGGCCUACAGAGCAGUCCACUGCUUGCAUAUGCAGAAUAUGGCGACGUGGUAUUUGGACAUGGACACUGCAAUUGCUUCGCUGCAGAGGAAGGCAAUGCAGUAUCGUGAGACCCGGGAAUCACUGUCUGUUCAUCAUUCCGAGGCCUCCGAAUCUAUUAAUGAUGUCGCCAAGGAUCAGACUGAAGAUGCUGUCGGAAAGGAUAUUGAGAACUUUUUCAGUGGCGACUUCGAAGAUGACGACGAAGAUUCGGACUGGGAUGAAUCAUCUGAAGAGGAGACGGACGAUGAAUACUAUGAAUACAAUGAGGAAUCCGAAGAGGAAGAUGAUGAAGAACUCCAAGGGAUACGAAGGCUUCAAAGAGUGAGUACCAUUCAAGAGGUCCCCGAGGAUGAUCUACCUGAGAGGAACCCAACAUCACCGGCAAAUAAUACGACUCGAAAUGAAUACACCGCAACGGACGAAGCGACAUUCAUACCUCCGCUUAUGUCACCAGAAGAGCAAGCUGCCCACGAUCGCAUUACUGCAGCACUUCAGCGAAUCUCAGCCAAAUUCGAGGACCCAGACCCUGCACCGCUAGUGCGUGUGCAGACCCGUACAAAACAAGCCAUGCAACAGACCCCGCCUCCAACCGAUGAUUCUCAAAGCGAAGCAACGACAGUCCUGCCAGAAUCAAACCCAGACCCUUCGUCACCGCCGCAGACAGCGACUACAGCGACUGAGAGGGCGGCAUCGGCGUCGGAGAUGGCAAAUGCAGCGCGAUCAGCUUCUGCACCAAUUCGAAAGGCCAGUUAUGAUGGGACUGGUGUGCAGACUUUGCAAGCCGGCCUAACACGGCGCGCAUCCAUCGCUGUUCUUCCUCGACGGCUCAGGACUGUUUGCCAUAAAUAUGUCCGAAAAGCUAUGCUGCCAAUUCGCGGAAGGGCUCAUUGA